UUUUUAUAAAGGAAAUGUUAUUUAAAUUUCAUAAAAAAAUCAGUUAAAACGAAUUUAGUUUCUUGAAUAUUUGAAUUAGUAGAAGAGUUUACUCAAACUAGUUGUUAUUUAAGAAAGCUAAGCUGAAAAUAUGCUAGUCUGUACUCUUAUAAAACCAAUUGGGGUUUUCAAAAAUGUUUACAAAAUUCUUACGCUACCGUUGCGGUCUCAUUCGACCACGAAAAUACGUUUUACAGAAAUGAACGAUCCCAUGGAUCAUGCUACUGGAAUCGAAAAACGUGAAUUGGAACAGUUUAAGUCCGGCAAUAAGGACCCUUGGUUACUUGAUACAGUUCUGAAGCGUGGACCUGGGACCAAAGAACAGCCAAAUAUGAUACCAUCUGCAUUUGAUGGACGAAUUGUUGGCUGUUCCUGUAAAGGCAAUCGUUUUGUCAACUGGAUGUGGCUAGAAAAAGGUGCACCCAAACGUUGUGAAUGUGGUUACUAUUUUCAAUUGAAGGAAGUGAAGCCAAUUUGAUAAAAAAUUAAGAAAACGAAUUCAAAUGCUCACAACAGUUAGAAUUUAAUGUACUGUAUGUGAUCAAAAAAAUAGUUAUAUUAUUUAAAAAAAUAUA